AUGGCUCCUCCAUAUCGGCCACGCUCCACGCAGUAUCUUGAUGGUCUUCGAGGCUAUGCUGCUGUGGUGGUCUUUAUCCAUCACUAUAGUCGAGCCUAUCUGCGGAACCACAUGGAACAUGUAUAUGGCUUCGGAGACCACCAAUCUAUCCUGCAGCUUCCGAUCCUCCGACUGAUCUAUUCAGGUUUCCCAAUGGUGGCAAUCUUCUAUGUGAUUUCCGGUUAUGUGCUCUCCUACAAGCCAGUGCACGACCCACAGGCGGGCCGACUCUUAGUGACUCUUAGCUCUCCGGCCUUCCGUCGGGGCAUCCGCCUCUUCGUCCCUCCCAUUGUCUCCACAUUUCUGGUCAUGCUAGCCAUCCAGUGCAACCUCUACGACACCACUGGUCACCCCAGUCUCCACCGGUUUGAUUCUUUUGGAGGGCAGCUUCGCGAUUGGAUUCAAUUCGUGCGGCUGGAGCUUCUUUCUCUUUGGUCAUGGGACGAUUCUACCAGCUAUCGGUACGAUCCCAAUCUGUGGACCAUCACCUCGGAAUUUCAGUGCUCCAUGCUGCUGCUCCUGUCCCACCUGCUUCUGGCCCGGAAAUCGUCGGCCGCUAGACUGGUCUUCUGGCUACUUUUUGCCGCGUAUGCAAUGCAGAAUGGGAUCUUUGAAGCGGCCUUGUUUCACAUUGGUGCAUUUAUUGCGGAGAUUCGUGCACUCCCACAUUUCACGAGGAACGGCCACGAUGGACUACUGUAUCGAUACUUCUGGACAAUGGCCGUGACAUGCGGGGCCUACUUCGCCUCUUACCCGGAUCGAGAGGGGGCGCGCACCCCCGCUUUCAGCUGGCUGCCAUCCCUUACCUCCUGGCAGCCUUUCGAGGACUGCCGUGCCUGGCAGAUGCUAGGGGCAAUCAUUCUCGUUUUCGGUCUUAGUUUUGACAAUCGGUUGCAGCGCCCAUUUGUCUCCCCCGUGGCACAGUACCUGGGGCGAAUCUCCUACGGAAUUUAUCUCUGCCAUGGUCCCCUACUCAACAUUGCUCAGCGCCCUCUCCUUCUCUUCGUUUGGGAUUUCUUUACUCCGGAAAACGAUUCCAACACAGUAUUCUGGGCGGCAUUUUUGAUCGUGCUGCCCGUACUAUUCUUUUGUCUCUUGUUCCUGGCAACUGCCUUUUGGUGGCUCGUCGAUAAGCCGUCAACCCGGCUGGCAAGGUGGCUUGAAAUGGUGACCGAGCUGGAGGAAGAUCAAGGAAGACACUAA